GUCACAUUGUUCGACACGCUGAAAUGUCAGUCGAAAUAUCAAUAACAACAGCAAAGCCACUGUGAAAAGAAUCUAGCGAAUGGAUUGUUGUUUAUCAGAAUCAUUUUUUAUUCUAGAUUUUUUGUUCGCAACAACGGUGAACCUAUAAAAAAAACUACGCAAAUCGACACUUGUAGGCAUCAAAUAAGAUGGGGAAAAUGGAGGAAUCGACAGAAGCCACAGUCCCCGAAGAAAUUGAAUUGUUGGAUUUCCCAGACGAGGUCUUAUUGAAUAUCAUGAUCCAUUUGAAUGACACCACUUUGCUAAAUAUGACACGCGUUUGCAAACGUUCCAAGGCCAUUGCCAAACAGGCGUUCACAAAGAAGUACAACGGCAAAAACGAUACAAAGUAUUUCAAAGUCAACAUAUUCCAUGAAAAUCUGAUCAUCGAACGCAAACAAUACCAACCGUUGUUUAGUACAUUUGGCGAGAAUAUGGUUGCUAUGUGCAUUCGAUUUUCUGAUGGUCAUUUUGGACUAGCCGUAGCUCACGACCAUUGGAUUUUUGCCAUGAUUCGACGGUUUUGCACCAAAUUGUCAAAGAUGGAUAUUGGAAGAGGUGAUGAUGUUGAUCUGUUGAAAAUGUUUCAAUCACUUCCGAAUGCAUCACUGACACAUCUGACCUUGUCAUAUACAAGACAUGCCAAUACAAAUUGGUCAGAAUAUCGACACCCAAAUUUGAUUUACUUCCAUAUGGAUAUCGGAAUCGGACAGCAGAAAAUGGUUGAUUUCAUCAGCACCAAUACUCAAUUGGAAGAAAUACAUCUCAAAUAUGUGGUCGACAACUACGCACCAUAUCUCAAAGCAAUCGAAAACAAGUGCAAAAACAUUCGAAAGUUGGGAAUCAUUGGAUUGAAUCGAGAUGUGUCGCCUAAAAUCGUCAACAGCAAAAUGAUCAGCAUUUUAUGCAAAUUAACCACACUCAAUUGGCUGGAAAUCAAUGCGCAUGGUCUGAAGCUUAGCCAACUUGAUUCACUAGUGCGACAACUGCCAAACCUAUCAACACUCCGUCUAAACAACACUAAUGCCACUACGGAAAUCUACGAAAAUCUCACACGAACAACUUUAAUUUGCCAACGCAUUUCCAAACUCAUGAUUCGAACGAAUGAUGCCGAUUUUUCAAAGUUGAGCAACGAUUUACUUACUCACAUCGCUGACGAGAUAGUGCUGGGAAACAAAAUGAUAGUGCUGGAAGAGGACAAGCAUAAAAUAAUCAUAGUGAAAGGAGAGGUGCAGCGUAACAAGAUCAUCGUGUACAAGCAUGAUGCCACUGACUAUACCGAAUCAUCAACUAAUUUCCUGGAUCUGAAUGACAUUUGUUUGGCCAAAAUCGUUGAAUUACUAGAGCCACAGCACCACUGCGCAUUGUACGACACUUGCCAACGAACCCGCAAAGCAAUCACAGACUACUAUUCCGAAAAUUGGUUGCAUGUCCAUUUCACUUCGCAAGAGCUCACCGAAAAUCUUUUGUGGUGCUUGGGAAUGGAGAUCCAAUUUUUGGGACUCGACCAAGAGAGGAUUCCUACACAAAACGAUCAUGGAGAGUUAUGGAGGCGUAUAAAUCGAUAUAGUAUCAAUUUAAACCAUUUGAUCAUUUACAUUGACACAAAAAAUACUGAUAACAUUAACAUGAUUCCACCGGACUGUGCAUGGCCAAAGUUGAACAAGUUGACGUUUUCCACUAGUUUCUCAGCUUACAAAUUCGCUGAUCCAUCAUCGUAUGCAGUCGACUAUGAAACUUUGCGUUCAUUUCUCUGUCCAUCGUUGACUCAUCUGGAAGUCAUAAGUCUUCAAAUUGAUGGCGAUAUUUUGGACCAUGGUGAUCACUUUCGUCAUUUGACCGUAUUAAAAUUUGGCUACUACAACGAAAGUGUCAAGAAAUUCCUGUUGGCCUUAGAUGACAAUGUGUGCGAAAAAAUGCAAGAGCUAUUGAUUGGGUCACAACUCAUUAUGGCUAAAUCAGAUGCUGAUGAUGAACCUAGACGUAUUGUCGUUGAGCUCGUUAGAAUAGUUCCACGUUUUCCGAAAUUAAUCGAAUUGGAGUUAAUUGUUCCUGGUGUCGAUCAGUGCAAUACAAAGUAUUUAUUUGAAAGUUGCACAAAUUUGGUGCAUUUUGGUUUUUGGUGCAAAGGAUCCCAAUUUCUAUCUGACGAUCUGUUCGUACACAUAAAGGACAAUUGUAUGCACAUUGAAACCAUUCGAUUGUUUGGUCAUGGAAUUUUCGGAUACAUCUUAAAAAAAGUACGCAAAAUUCUUCCACAUGUUUCAGUCGAAGUGGCCGUUCAAGACAAUAUAUCGUUCGAAGUUACUGAUGAACACUCUUCCUGUGACAACUUGGCUAUGAACGUGCUAGAACCGUUUUAUUAGACACAAAUAAUUAUUAUUAGGAGAAAAGCAGAAUAUUCUGCUGGUCAGAUACAGACCGUAAGACCCGACUAAAACAAUAAGUUUUCCGCUUAUUUCUACCAAAAGAAUAUUAAAAUGUUUAAAACAUUAAAGACUUUUGAUGAAUGAAAGUACAGAAUAAUAUGUAAACAGAUUAAUUUAAUAUGUUUCAAAAUCAUUGAUUUUUUAGCGUUAGAAUUAAAUCAUUUAAUAAAUAAAUUUUCAUUACAAA